AUGCGAAAAUAUAAUACAAAAUGCUGCCGAGUCUCAACAGUACCACAACGAAGGAAGUUCAGCGCAAACGAACAGCAAUACUUGCACAGAGAUGGCAAAAUUGUGCGGCGAAUACUUACUACACACUUAAUCGGAUCCAGUUACUAUGUCUCGGCUUGUGGCCAUAUCAGGCAUCUACUUGCAGAUAUAUUUUAAUAACACUCGUAUCCAUUAUGCUUGCAUCCAGUGUAGUGUUUCAGCUUACCGUCUUUAUCACAAAAAAAUACAGCCUGGAACUUCUUCUUCAUGUCCUUGCGUAUAGCAUUCCAUGGCUGAUAUAUGCAUUAAAGUAUAACCUUCAUUGCUUAAAUAUAAAAAAGGUGGAAGUACUCCUAGAACGAAUACAGCAUGAUUGGAGUAUUUUAAACAAUGCACGAGAGAUCGAGAUAAUAAAAAAAUACUCGGCUAUUGGGAAAUUUAUUACAUUACUUGUGAUAUUGUUUAUCUAUGUGUCUACGUUCGUUUUUAUUGUAAUAGAGCUUGUAUCAAUUUUUCUGUUGGAUAUCGCAGCAGAUGUAAAUGAAUCUAAUAUACGACGGCUUCCGAUAUUAAUGGAAUGCUUUGUAGAUCAACAGAAAUAUUUCUUUGUAUGUUUGCUUUCGAUAUUUUUGAUUGUUUUGUGUGGUUUCGCCACUGUGGCAGCUACCGAAACAUUUUACAUGUCAUUAAUUCAACAUGCAUGUGGAUUGUUUCAAAUAGCGAGCUAUCGUAUAGAGCAAGCAUUGCACAAAGACGUAGUACGAGAUAUUACAUCUCUUGUUGAAAGAAAUACGAUGAUAUAUCUCAGGAUAAUCAGUGGAAUAAAUAUGCAUAAGAGAGCAAUUGAGUUUCUCGAAAUGUCAAAGGCGAGUUACAAAUCGACAUAUUUUGUGUUAGUACCAUUAGGUGUGCUUUCAGUAAGCGUUAAUCUUUAUCGCCUUUCACUAUUGAUAACAAUCAAAGAUUAUCACGAACUGAUCAUUAGCUUCAUGUUCGUUCUUGGUCAGUUUUGGUACAUGUUUUUCGUUAACUAUAUAGGACAGGAAGUGAUCGAUCACAGCGGCAAUGUGUUUCAUAGAAUAUACAAUGCACAUUGGUACGUAGCUCCGUUGAAAACACAGAAGUUACUAUUGUAUUUGAUGCAAAGGAGCAUACGACAUUGCACAAUCGUCAUUGGUGGUUUGUUCGUUCCGUCUUUACAAGGUUUUGCUACGGUAAAAAGACAGUUUCUCAAACUAAAAGUAUUUUCAUCGAAUGUUUUAACACCAUUUGAACAUCAGGGACGUGUCGUUGGAGAAGCGCUCUGUCUCGCAUCUCGAUCAGGAAUGAAGAGACGUUGAAAAUAUACAGACGCGACUUUGCAAGUGCGCUUGCGUCGAUCGAACAUGAAAGAGAGAAAUAUUAAACGUAUAUAGUAUAGCGUAAUAAUGUCUUAAGAAUAAUGAUGAUCGGUUAUACGGCACACUAAAAGUCAUAAUAUUCUUCUUGUGAAACAUUAAGAUAGGUCUUAGAUAUUCAUUAACUAAAUAGAAACAAAAAGCUACAAUUUACGCUGUUAACUCUAUUGUAACAUCACGCGACAGUUGCACAUCGUUUUUGACUGUACGAAUGUAAAGAAAA